CGUAAACAACGGCCGCCUCUGACUCUCGCUCAAUCUGCCUCCUUGGCUGGCGGGCCUCUUGACUGCUUCGCCACCACGAAAAGCACAACAAAUAUGAAACACAAUUUGUAAUUUUAGCCGAUUUUAACAAUUUUUCUUAAAAGUUCUCACCCACGCAGAGCAUUACGUCAAAAAACAAAUCAUUCUGUCCAAUAUAAAGGCGCAUUAUUAAUUGCUGUUACGUUUCACUCACAAUGUCAUCGGACAAAGCGACAAAAUCAAUGUGGCUCCGUUUUUUUCGUGAUGCCGGGAUUCCGCAGGGAUUUGAUACCAAAUAUGCUCUUGUAUUUGAUGAAAAUAGAAUAAAACAUGAUAUGCUUAUGGACAUAAGCAAGGAGUGCUUGAAAGAUAUGGGCAUUACGGCCAUGGGCGAUAUUAUUGCAAUUCUCAAGCAUGCUAAAAUAGUAUAUGAAGAGUCAAAAGCUCAGGCUUAUGACAUUCCUCAACCAACCUCAACGGUCAGACUAUCUGCACCCGCUCCAGCUCCUAAAAGCAGUUCACCAGCUUCUUCUGGAUCCAGCUGUGGUUCUACUGAAUCGAGGGAGCCACGGAGCGUUAUCAUUAACUCGCAACACAAAGUGUUUGCAACCCAACCCUCCAAGGUUCCUUCAACUGCUGCUGCAAGGUCAAAGACUCAGACUGAUGCACCUGUUAAUCGAACCAUUUCCAGACUAGUACCAUCAUCCUCCUCAUCAAUGCUUGUCAGUACAAGUUCUGAUAGAAAGACUGAACCGGGCGUGAAGGCGACUUUAAUGGCCACUUCGAAAAUCGUAAAGCCUACUCCCAGUACCAUUGUCAGGUUGAAGCGAAGCGUUAGUCCAGCUCAAAGAGAAGAGGUGCCUCUUCAAAAGAAAACUCGAGUUCUAAAGGAACAAGAGGGGAGCUAUAUCGUGAAGAUGCCCGAGGGUACAACCCCAAAAACUCAGAAACUUAUGCAAGAUCGUUUGGGACCUAUCAAUAAUACCCAUGUUCAGAUGACUGAAAAGAAACUUAGCGUCUUCUCUCGGUUGGGAGGAGAAAGUCGCGUCUCGAGCAGCAGUGAUGUUUCGCCAAAAGAACAAGUUAAAACUAAGUCCUCGGUAUUCUCAAGAUUGGGCCAGGGAUCUACUAGUACUGCAUCCUCCUCUCAACAGCAACAACAGGUCAUUGCUCGCCCUUCAAUAGACCCCUCCGACUUUUUGAAAACGAGAUUCGAAGUACGACAGGCAAUUUCUUCUCCGGCUUUAAAUAUUGCCAAAGCUCAUCUUGCAAGCAACUACAAUACCAAUAACUCAAACAGCUUAGGUCGACUUGUAAGUGACAGAGGAAGCGUGUGCUCAUUGGAGCCAAGAAAUGAUAAUCGCAUUAGUAGUACCGGUUCUAGAAUGAGAUCAAGUGCUGACGGUGGUAGUGUGAAAUCGAGACUUGGCUCCCGAGAAAUAAAUAGUACAACUGCAAUCUCUAGAUCACGAUCUCGAUCCAUUUCUCCUCCACCAAAACGUCAAUUUAAUGAUCCUCGGAUUCAAAUUCGUCGUGGUGUUGUCGAAAGACGUCCCAGCCCAGCGACGCAAUUUUCUACCACCAUAAAACCACGCAUUCCAGUCCAAGUAAUUACGAAACCUCAAGCUCAGACUGCAAUUCGCAAGCAGAUGGACCCUGAUAAUUCUGAGCUGUCUGUUUCCAGACAAGUAGUACGAGAAGAGCGAUUUAAGAAUGCAGAAGGGAAGAAUAUGAUACGCAAAACUGUCAUAAAGACUGUGCGAAAAAGGAUUUAAACGUAUACAUUUGAUCUUCCAGUUUCAACGUUCUGUAUAUAAAUAUACUAAUUUUUAACGAAUGUUAUGACUGCUGAAACACAAGAACUACUUUAAAAUCCUGUAGUAUUUCUAAUAGUUAGUUUUAAUUUAUGGUUUAAUGACCGUUACAAGUAGUUUCAUUUAGUAUGCAUUAAUCUAUAUAGGAGGAAAUUGAAUAAUAAUAUAUGUAUUAAGCAAUAUUUUUACUUCAUAAUGUUUUUAUCAACUGCACUUACGUGCAUACAUAGAGACGUGUAACUUUAACUUAUGAAUAAUAUUAAUAAAUUAUUAUUAAUAUGGACUAACAUAUAAACAAGAACAACCACAUUCUACAAACUAACAGUUUUUAAUAAACUCAAUAAAUAAAUC